CUAUUUUGAUGCGUUCUUAUGUUCCAACACAAAAAUUCAUCAUAAAAAGCAUGUUCCCUCCACGUAAAACUUUGCCUAUAAGACGUAGUGAUUGUCCUAUUCUUUUGCAGUGUCAAAUCUCGUACAAAACACUUACUUUCCUAAUACGUUCGAGUAAACUUUAGGCUUGAAUAUUAAAAGUAGCGUCUAAUUUUCUUGAUAUUUAUCAAUUUAUCCAAGAAAUUUUUGCUGUCUAGGAAAUUGGUCACCCUCCCAAAUUCCUGACAUUACUGAGAUGAUUGAGAGGUUAAAGAUAGCUAAAACUAGAUUAGAAGCUAUGAAUUCAUUUCAAUACUCUACUGAUCGCAGAGAACGUCUUCCUUUGCUUGGAGACGAGCGCGAUCAAUCUAUGGCCCGACACAAUGCUAUUGUAACCACAAAAUCCGUUCUUGCCUCAAGUUACAUUAAUUUCCUAUUAGUGUUUGUCCCCAUCGGUCUUCUAAGUGGAUGGUUUCAGUGCAAUGCAAAGUAUGUCUUCUUUCUGAAUAUGCUAGCAAUUGUCCCUCUCUCUUCCCUCCUUAGCUUUGCUACCGAACAAUUGGCGUUUGUCAGUGGUCCUACUCUUGGCGGAUUAUUGAAUGCUAGUUUUGGUAAUGCAAUCGAGCUCAUUGUCGGUGUUUUGGCUUUAAGACGCGGUGAAACCCGUAUCGUACAAGCUUCGUUGCUUGGCUCCAUUUUGUCCAACUUGCUGCUGGUAUUUGGUAUGUGCCUUAUUACUGCAGGAAUUCGACACCAAAUUGCUAGAUUCAACGUUACUGUUGCUCAGACAAUGAUUGCAAUGCUUGCCUUGUCUACUGCCAGCAUAAUAAUUCCUGCUACCUUUCACUUUAGUCUUCCCGAUAAUAAGACUAGUGAAACUGCUUUACUUCAAAUUUCUCGCGGUACAGCUAUCAUUGUCCUAAUUGUUUAUGUUUUAUUAUUGGUUUUCCAAUUAAAAACUCAUAAGCAUGUCUGCAGAGAUGUUAAUGAAUCAGAAGAAGACGAAGAUCAUGAACCCGUUCUUGGAUUAUAUGCUUCUAUUUUUGUGCUAGCUUUAGUUACUGUUUUUGUAUCUUUAUGUGCUGAUUAUCUUGUUGGUUCCAUCGAUGCCUUGGUGGAAGAAAUCAACAUCUCCAAGACUUUCGUCGGUUUGAUUAUUCUCCCUGUAGUUGCUAACGCCGCUGAACAUGUCACUGCAGUUGUUGUAUCUUACCGUGGUCAAAUGGAUUUGGCUCUUGGCGUUGCUAUCGGUUCUAGUAUCCAAAUUUCUAUGUUUUUGGCUCCUUUCUUGGUCAUUGUCGGUUGGUUCAUUUCUCAGCCAUUAACGCUGUACUUUGAGUCUCUAGAAACAGUGAUUCUCUUCGUUUCUGUAUUAUUAGUGAAUUACUUAAUACAAGACGGAGCCUCUCAUUGGCUUGAAGGUGUCCAGCUCCUUGCUCUUUACGCCAUUGUUGUUUUGGCAUUCUUUUACUACCCGACUCAAUAAGCUGAUGGGUGCUGAGACUUUCUACAUUUCUUACGCUUUUUUAUUAUUUUCUUCUAAUAAAGUUUUGACAUUCCUGGUCUUUGGAGUCGUCAACCUUCUUUCAUGACUUAGAGUAUCAAUGUGUGUUUUGGCUUCUAAUGAAAUCCAGCUUUCAAUUGUUUCUGUCAACUUGUUUAUUCUUUAGAUGAUAGCCGAGAUUUAUAUAUAAAACAGGGCAAAGGUUUAUACACCA